CUUCAACAUUCUGCUACGUGCCUCCAGAACUUUCCUACUCUACUGUACUAACUUACAUCGCUUUCUGUUAAAUAAAAUAUUACAAGCCUUUCUCAUCCAUCAAACUAUAUAGCCACGAUUCUGCAUCAAACAACGAACAUAAACUGCUUUCAGAUUUUGCACCAGUAACUAACAACAACUACUUGUAUCACAACUUGAAAUAGUUUCUCUGAUUCUUCCCUCUAAUUCGUUUGUAACCAUGUUGAAGCCUACGAUGAGUAAUUGGAUGGCACUGCUUAAAAAUGGGAUUAGAGGAAAAGCAGCAUACACAACCUCAACAUUACCAAAGAUGAAGGCAUAUGCUACACCAUCUGAUUAUGGAUACAUUCACCGACAACAACAGAGGAAACCAUCUUCGAAAUCAGCAAAACAGGACUUCGUGCCGAUUUACGUUGCUGUUGGAAUGAUAGCUUUGGCAACAAUGUUGGGUCUCCACACAGCAUGGCAGCAACUAAGAAAUUCACCAACCGUGCGGGUCAAGAAACAGAGGAGGGAGACUCUGCCGGAAGUAGUUGAGCCUGAGCAUGUUAUGGAAGAGUCUGAUAAAUUCUUGAAGAAUUCGUUUUUCAGGAAAAUUGCACAUGUUCAGGAACGUAGUUAUCCUGAUCAUAACCAGAUUCCAAGUCCAAUUCAUAAAGAUGCUUUUGCUUAUCAGCCUCGUGUUGAGACUCUCAAAUCCGUCGGUGUUGAUCCAUCAUCUUAAUCCUAAUCCCAUGUCUGACUCCACUGUCACUCUAAUUAAUUACUAAAGUUUAUAUUUACAUUUUUAUGUUGUUAAUGUGGAUAAAUAAUCUAAGGGUAGUUUUUGUAUAUACAACUCAGAUGAUGUUUCUCUUCAAAUUUUAUGUUAUGUUUUUGUAUUAUACCUGAAGGAUGAAGCUUUAUAUGUUUA